GAAGUGCAGCUUGUGCGCGCUUAUUAGUUACUCCCACCGUAUUGAGCGCCGUCGAUUGCACGUUCCUUCUCCUCUACGACAAGUACUGUUCACUUUCUCUCGAUCUCUUGCAGUCAUGGAUUUCUCGACCAUGAACGCGGCCGAGCAGGCCCACAUGUCCAAAAUCAUCGAAAAGCGACAGAUGCAAGACUUCAUGAGAAUGUACUCCAGCCUCGUAGAGAGGUGCUUCAACUCAUGUUGUAAUGAUUUCACCAGCAAAGCGCUAUCUUCAAAAGAGGAACAAUGUGUUUUGAACUGUACGGACAAAUUUUUGAAGCACUCGGAGCGAGUUGGGGCGCGAUUCGCAGAACAAAACGCCGAGGCUAUGAACGCCGGCAACAAGUGAUUUAGACCGAGUUUCACUCCGCUACCACAUUGCUUUGUACUCUUAUAAUACCGGCUGUCUCAUAAUUGCAACACACCCCUCGUUAUUGCUUUUCGGGUACCUGGUUGCCUCACUUGCACAGGGAAGAAAUCCAAUAGUAACGC